CCGUCACCGUCACUCUAAGACGUGUUGCGACCGGGAUGGCUUCGGCCUGCGGGUCCUCAGACUUGGCCAGCUCCGGAGCACCCCCGCCUGGCCCGGGAGUCCAAGCGGCAGAGCAGGAGGAGGAGGAGCAGCAGGAGGUGGUACGAGUCCGAGUCCAGAAACGUGAGGGCUUCUUGCCACCCGAGUCCCGCUCUUUCGCUGUGGACCCCCAGAUCACCCCACUCGACGUGUUGCAGCACAUCCUCAUCCGGGCGUUUGGCUUGAGUGGGAAGACCUUUGACAUCAGCUACCGGGGCCGGGAUGGGCUGGGGCAGGAAGUCUACCUCUCACUCCUGUGUGACGGGGACCUCAGCACGGCCUUCGCCGCGGCCUCCAGGCCUCACCUGCAGCUGCGGGUAGACGUGGGGCGCGCGGAGGACGGCCCGCUGCUGGAAGGCUGGGACAUCAUCAGCCCCGCGGAUGUCCCUGGCCCGGACGUGCUGCUGCCCGAGCAGCGGGCACCCACGGCCACGGCGGCCCUGCCCUUCGCUCGGUUCCUCCUCUCCCAGGUGGGCCGCACCUUGUCCAAGGUCCAGCAGGUGCUGAGCUGGUCCUAUGGGAGGGAGGCCAAGCCCUUCCGGCCUCCCCUGAGCGAGGCCGAGUUCCGCGCGUGCCUGAACCCCGAGGGCCAGCUCUCGCGCCCGGAGCAGCUGCGCCUGCGGGUCUACCACAGCGGGGUGGAGCCCGCCCUGCGCAAGGCGGUGUGGCAGCACCUGCUGAACGUGCUCCCGGACCGGCUGACAGCCCGCGAGCGGAAGGACUACCUGGAAAGCAAGAGCCGGGAGUACGAGCAGCUGAAGAGCGAGUGGGCGCAGCGAGCCAGCCCCGAGGACCUGGACGGCAUCCGCAGCGCGGUCCUCCGGGAUGUGCUGCGUACCGACCGGGCCCACCCCUACUACGCGGGGCCCGAGGACGGACCCCACCUGCGGGCGCUGCACGACCUGCUCACCACCUACGCCGUCACCCACCCGCAGGUGUCCUACCGCCAGGGCAUGAGCGACCUGGCCUCGCCCAUCCUGGCGGUGAUGGACCACGAAGGCCACGCCUUCCUCUGCUUUUGCGGGAUCAUGAAGCGCCUGGCCCCCAACUUCCACCCGGACGGCUCGGCCAUGGCCCUCAAGUUCACCCACCUCAAGCUGCUGCUGCGACACGCGGACCCCGACUUCUACCAGUACCUGCAGGAAGCGGGUGCCCACAAUCUCCUCUUCUGCUACCGCUGGCUGCUGCUGGAGCUCAAGCGGGAGUUCGCCUUUGACGACGCCCUCCGCAUGCUCGAGGUCAGCUGGAGCUCGCUGCCUCCCGAUCCUCCUGAGCAGGAGGUAGAGCUGGUCGGGUCCCCCCGCCCAGGGGCAGACACUGGCUUCAGUGGCUGCAGGGAGCAGCCCCUGCGACAGAGGCACGUGGCCAGGCCUGCUGGUGGGAGAGGCAAUGCUUCCCAAGACGCGGUGGACCACUUGGCCAGGAGCAGCCAGGAGCCUGGUGGUGGCGGGCAGCUCCUGAGACAAGCCAGCCUGGAGGACCUCCAGCAACUCAGGGAUGACAGCCGCCCCAGGAAGGACCCUCUCGCCCAGCUUUUCCACCCAACUGUCCUCAUCAGCUCCAAGUCCCUCUCCAAGGCCUUGCUGAACUCCUCAGACGCCCUCCUCUUCUCCUCUUCCCGCCCCGGUUCCCCAUCCUCCUCAUCUCCCCCAUCCUCCCAGGAGGCCUUUCCUGCUGGUGAUGUGGCUGCGGGAUCCCUUCUGAUGCCAGAGGUGGGCUACCCACAAGACCCUGGGAAGUCCCUGCCACCGCCCCAGGAGCUGGGCCAGGGGAACCCAUUCAUGCUCUUUCUCUGCCUCGCCAUCCUGUUAGAACACCGGGGUCAAAUCAUGAGAAACGGGCUGGAUUACCACGAGGUGGCCAUGCACUUUGACCGCCUCGCGGGAAAACACCCCCUGGGGCGUGUCCUACACCGGGCCAAGGCGCUCUUUGCUGAUUACCUGCAGUCCUAUGUGUGAGACUCAGAUGAGGUCACAGCCUCAUCUUGACCAGGCUCCCUCCAGCCCACCACCAGCCCCACAAGAUCCCACUCUUUGCCACAGGGCUCCCGCCUGAGACCCGACCUCCCUGCCUGCCAACCCGAGACCUGCUGGAGCUUGAGACCCUCUCUCUGCAGGUCUAAGAGUGCGGGGCUCUGCUUUAGCACUGUCCCAUGGAGGCUACCGGCCUCUUUUCUAUUUUUUGUUACUUUGUUUUUAACAGCUGUGCUUUGCACACAUGAAAAAAUAAAAAUAAAGACGUAUAUACCACGA